AUGUUAGGCACUUCUAAAGAUAGUCAAGCCGAGGCUUCCCUUGAAUCACGCCUUAACAAGCUCGAUGAAGUUGAGAGAAAGAUAAGCCUAAUUAUUCAGCACGCUGGUAGUGCUCUCGAAGAACUUUCAAGAGAUAAACCAACGUUGUUAAGGAAGUUGGAUAAAAUGGAGUCAGACCCAGCAGUGACGAGUACUGUUUGCGAAGGUCUGUUACACCCAGAGAACAAACGGAACGUUCCUACUGAUAGUCAUAAUACAGUUAGAAAGUCUAAUAUCAUUUCAGACGACGGCCUUACCACCCAAAAGGCACCGUGGAGUGCUUUAAAUGAUGCAGAGACGGCGUCUAGUGUAGGCGAGUCGUCAAGGCGGAACAGCAAAUACGAUGAUAAUAUGCCUGUUCAUUCCGCCUGUUCCGAGUUCGAAAUCCCGGAGAUGGAGUUUGAUGAAUUUGAGUUGGAACUAGCUGCUGAAAAAGAGUUUUCGUCCGAUGAACAGUUGUUUGAAUCUGGUCGUAUGACACCAGAUGGGUUAAUCGACGAAGACUUUGAACGUGAACUUGGAUGCGCAGCUAAGGAGCUCAGUGUUCAAGAUGUAAUUGAUUCUGAUUAUCCAGAUAUUUCUCGGCUGGGUGUAUUACAAGGUGCAGGAGAUGAUAAACUCGGUCGUAAAAUAAUUGUUUUCUCAGCUUGUCGUCUACCAGCAGCUGAUUUAAUUGAUCAUCAACAUCUUCUAAUGUAUAUUACUAAAACAUUGGAACAAUAUGUCAGUAUUGAUUACGUCCUAAUUUACUUCCACUUCGGACUUACUAACAAAAAUCGACCUAAAUUUAAAUGGCUUGUUCAAGCUUAUAGAACAUUUGGGCGCAAUUUUCGUAAAAAUUUGAAAACACUUUACAUUGUACAUCCUACUACUGGUAUAAAAAUUUUAUGGACUCUCUUCAGACCAUUUAUCAGGAAUGCGGCCAUUGCUUUGCCAAUCCUCACCUUUACAUCUGCAUUUGAUUCUCCUUGUCCAUCGAUGAUGCUUCCCAGGUACGUGGACGAUUCUACAUCUUCCAGAGUUUCGCCAUCAGGUAUGAUUGGAUUGGUGUUCCCCGUGUUGUAUUUGAGGACCUCGGUUUUCCCCUUGUGUAUGUUGGGGCCUACAGAGGCAGAGACUGCUGCUACACUGGCUGUCUUCAACUGCAUUUGUUCGUGUGUAUGGGAUAGGAGGGCUAGGUCAUCUGUGAAGUCCAAAUCGUCUAAUUGGUCCUGAGCUGUCCAUUGUAUUCCGUGUUGUCCCUCAGAUCUCGAGGUCUUCAUAAUCCAGUCGACCACUAGAAGAAAGAGGAACGGCGAGAGUAGACAACCUUGUCUUAUUCCGGUCCUUAAUUGGAAUGCAUCUGUCAGCUGUUCUCCAUGCACGACUUUGCACUGUAGUCCGUCGUAUGAGUUCCGAAUAAUGCUGACAAUCUUCUCAGGAACUCCAUAAUGUCGGAGAAGUUUCCAUAAUGUUCUCCUAUCCACAAUGUCAAACGCCUUUUCAUAAUCGAUGAAGUUGAUGUAUAGUGACGAGUUCCACUCAACUGAUUGUUCGACGAUGAUCCGCAGUGUCGCAAUUCGGUCUGUGCAUCUACUUAUACUGGUGUUUUAUAAAAAUCUGAAUAAACUCACAUGUCUUCCACUUUUGUCUUAGAUAAAAAGUAUACUAUUCCUAAUUGUUUCUGUAAACUUUGUUGUCAUACUACAUAUCAUUUCCUAGACACUGAUAUGACAAUAAAAUUAACAUCCCAUUAAAGAUUGUUUUCUUUGUAAGCCCAUAACAUUGCCCAGUCUUCCACAAUUUGAAUUACAAUUAUUCAAAAUCAUAUCGAUUCCAUUAAUUAAAUUUUUAUAGGCAUUUUUUUUAAUCCUU